AACAGAACGAGACCAGCUAUCAAAUGCUCAGUAGCUCAGGGAGCUCGCUGGAAGAAAAAGCUUGCCGAUGCAAGAGGUUGCUAACAAAGUUGAAGCCCAGAUGCCAAUCAAGAGUUGAUGGACGGAAGCAGCAAUAUGCAGACAUGGCGGUGAUUUUGGGGAUAGACCAGGGAACUGGUCUCCGGAGGAAGAUAGUGUUGAGAAGGCAUUGUUCAGGGUUGAAGUUGGCUACAAGGCUGAAACUGUAUCUUGACCAGAAGCAAAAUGAAGACAGCAAAACCAAGUUCCUUGUGGCUCAAGGCUCAGAAGAAGAACAUGAAUCGAAGGAACAUUGUUGUGGUGAUGAACCUCCAAGGAAGAAAGCUCCAGAGAGGACAAUCUCCGCAAUCAAAAGAGAGCUUCCAGGGUCCCCAUUUGGCUGGCCGCUUCACAGGAGAAAACCGCCUCAGAAGCAAGCGAGUUUGAGGAAAUGUAGCAGCAUCAGUGAAUCCUCUUCUUCUUCAUCAUCUUGGUACACUUUAGUUUCUGCAUUUUCGAGACAGUCGUCGGCUCCAACCUCUGCAUGCAAACUGUUCAGCCAUGGAGAGCUGAAGAAAGCCACUCGAGAUUUCGCUUCGCGGAACUUGGUCGGAGAGGGAGGUUGCAGCAGCGUGUACAAAGGCUGCCUUCCUGAUGGGAAUUCAGUUGCAGUGAAAGUUCUCAAGCCUUACAAGGAAGCUUGGAAUGACUUCUCAUUAGAAGUCGAAAUCAUGUCUUCAGUAAAGCAUCGAAAUAUCACCCCUCUCAUUGGUGUCUGCAUUGAAGAAGGCUCUCUAAUCUUGGUCUAUGAUUUCUUGUCCAAUGGCAGCUUGGAGGAAAGCCUGCAAGAUGAUGGUGUGAAGGCUGUAAUGCCAUGGGAUGUGAGGUUCAGAGUGGCUGUUGAAGUUGCUGAAGCUCUGAGUUACUUGCAUAGAGAAUGUCCUAGGCCAGUCAUCCACAGAGAUGUCAAGUCUUCCAAUAUUCUCCUGUCCAGUGAUCUUCAGCCACAGUUAUCAGAUUUUGGGCUUGCCAUAUGGGGCCCAACAAAAUCAGCCCACAUGACAAACAAAGACCUUGUGGGGACCUUUGGCUACAUAGCUCCAGAGUACUUCAUGCAUGGAAGGGUGAGUGAGAAAGUAGACAUCUACUCAUUUGGUAUAGUUUUGCUCGAACUGGUCUCGGGAAGGAAAGCAAUUAUCACAAAAGAUUGCUCAACGUCACAGGAGAGCUUAGUCAAAUGGGCGAUUCCAUUGAUGGAAAGUGGGAAUCACAGAGGGUUACUUGAUCCAAGGUUAAUGAGUGAGCAAGUGAACGAGUCCCAGUUGGGUAGAAUGGUUUUGGCAGCCAGCCUUUGCACCAAAGCCUCAGCUAGAUUGCGUCCAACCGCAAGCCAGAUCAUUGAGCUUCUGAAAGUGGAGAAAUACGGAAAAGAAUGGACGAGCUCCUACGUCAACUGUGUAACAAAGACGAGCGAUGAAGAGGAAGGUGACGAUGAAAGUCUUCCCAGCCCCAGGCACGAUUACAAGUCUUCUUUGGACACUUCGUGGCUGGACUUAGGUUUGGAAGAUGAGUUAGAAGGCAGCAAGGUCAUUGUCCAGCCAAGGAAAAAACUGAAGGACUACUUAAAGGAAGAACAAUUUUAA